UUUUUUUUUUUACUUUCUACGGUUGUUGUUGAAGACGAUUCGGCUGUGUGGAAGAGCGGAACUUUGUCUUUUCGGAAUGGGAAACCAAUAGCGAAUCGAGCGAUGAGUUGCGAUCCAUGAUGGGGGCCUAUCCUCAACCUAAAGUUGCAUUAACAAUGAAAUUUGUCACACUUUUUUGUAUUUAGGAAUGCCUGACCUUUUGUACCAAAAAGUGUUAUUCUCCAAUGGAAUGAAUGGAAGAAUUAAACAAUUAUUAGGCUAAAGUCUAAUAAUAUCUGCGAGUUACCAAUCUUGCGGAUCCGAAAAACAAAUAAUCCAUGUGUGCACAAUAGCUGUUUGUUUCGAAUUGUUUAUCCUUGCCCAGAUGGACCCAGCAUUAAACAAAGACCAACACAACUGUACCUGAAUGGUCACAACCCAUUCAAACGCCUCGUAUGCUUUACCAAAGGUUUAAACGUGUUCCAACUUAGGGCAAACAGCCUCAAAAGCGCCAGGGAGACUCUAUAUCUCCCCCAGGCAUAAGAGGGGAUAAAGUUCAAGUUCACUUACGGGAAUAACAAAAAAAAAAGUAAAUCUCAUAGAUGGUCGGAUUGAACUUUGUUGACGAUCCAGGUUGCGUGUACGGCCCCAACACCACCGAUGCGACCUACGCUGGUCCUUUGGGUGCCUACCACAGCGCUUCAAGCGCCUGUCAUGGCCUCAAUCUUCGCAGCAUCAAUGUCAUAUUUGCACUUGUAUCCAUCUGCGCCAACCUCACCUGCCUCUACUUUGCCUACCGCAUCCUACUAUCCCGUCGCAAAACUCGAUACAACAUUUUUAUGACACUCUGCCCGAUUGCCGGUGCUAUGGGUUCGACAGUCGACCUCUUUGCUGCGUCGACCUAUUUUCACUGCGGCGGUAUGCCCGACUUGACGCAAUUGACCAAAAUCUGCUUCUACAUUGGCACGUUCUUUAUGAUUUGGGUGCAAGAGUUUCGGUUCGAUUUUAUUUUGAUUGUGAUGGGAAAGAAUAGGGCAAUUGCGAGGAGAGCGGUGUGGGUGAACGUUGGGAUUUGGUGUGCUUUGGGAGUUUUUACCAUCGCAAUGUGGAUUCAAGGACGUUGGAAUCAGCCAAAGCUAAUCUCUUAUGCCAUUCCGUACGCUUUCUGGCUCUUUUACGUCACAUUCCUUGAUUCUACGCUGUCCAUGGUCCUCCUUCACAUUUCUCUCCGCCAAACCGCCCUUCUCCGAUCCUACGAUCUACUCACAAUCGCCCAGGUUAAAUCGUUUUCAACCCGUUUCCGCCGCGCAGCCCUCCUGCACCUCACCAUCAUUGUCAUCGCAACAGCUCUCUUUAUGUUGGCUGGUUCGACUGAAGUCGGAUACUCGAUUGGUAUGAUUACAACCCCGACGAUUCCUGCCCAAUUGGCCGUAACUAUUUAUUCGAUUCAUACGUUGCAGAAAAUGGAGAGAUUGAGGUCGGGAGGACACAAACCGCAGAAUGCAAACAGCAAACGCCAGGACAAAUCUGCUACAGCGGGAUCGAAGGUCGUGAGUUCCGCACAGGGACUCGUCGAUCCGUCGGGAAUGGGGAAGAUGUCUACGUGCAUCGAGAGCCAGACGGCUGCGUCGAGCAGCGCAGUAGCGAGGAUUUAAUUAGAAUCUUAAAAGUUUUAGAAACACCAGAUACACUAACGUCUAGCUCCCUCCAAUUAGUGUUUUUGAAACAGUCUUUAUUUUCACCACUCCAAUAUAUCUUAAUAAAUUAGAUAUGAAUAUGACAGUCAAAUAUCUCAGCA